AUGUUAAAACGUUCCGAGAAACUAUGGAUGGGAAGUGCGUUGUUCUUCACCAUCUUUUCCUUAGUUUGCAAUUUUCUCGGCUUUUCAACACCGUAUUGGAUUCAGAUUUGGCCACGUGUUGGCGAUACGACAUUCCGUAAAUUGGGACUUUGGCAAGUUUGUAUUGCUGGCUUUCGUAAUCCAAAGAACUAUUGGGGAAAAGUUUAUUAUGGAUGUUGGUGGUUAUUUGCACGUGAAUAUAACGGCUUACGAAAUGAUGGAAUCUUAACACCACCAUGGUUUAUUGCUGUACAAACAUUCGCAUGUUUCGGUUUAAUAUUUAACAUUCUUUGCUGUGUUGCAUUGAUUGUUGUUGCUAUAACACGAUACCGUUUAUCGCGCCGAUCGAUGCUUGUCGGUGCUAUUCUAGGUGCAUGUGCUUGGUUUUUCAACUUUCUUACCGUAUUAAUCUUUGGUAUCUAUGCUGAUGCUCUUCCGGGUAAAUGGAUGCCACGAGCUGAUUAUACAUUUUUAUCAUGGUCGUAUAUUUGUACGUUGGCUGCGAUGAUCUCAUCGUUCUUCACUGUUGGUUUUGUUCUCUUUGAAAUCUAUUUCAUCACCGAAGCGAAGAGAAACAAUAAUGAAAAGACAUUCAUUCGUCAUGUGGGAAAUCCUAAUCAACCAUUCGUUCGACAUGGUGAAAAAGAUGAGCCUGCAUUCACACGUAAGACGACCAAUGGUGAACAACCGUUUAUUCGUAAAACUGACGAUGAUAACGAACACGCAUUUAUCCGUCGUGCCGAUGAUUCAAUCCCAGAAGAAGCGUUCAUUCGUCGAGCUGAUAAUGCAUCGGACGGUGAAGAAGCUUUUAUUCGACGUGCAAAUGGUGCAAACAAGCAAGGAAAUAGUUAUGUUGUUUAG